CAUACGGCAUACACCUCGCACAGGAACUGCUCGCAGCGUCUCGCGCGGUCUCGUGCCGCGCAGGCGCAGUAGGUUCUGUGUCAGUCUGUGUAGCUCAGAUCCAAUUGACGGAAGGUCCCAGUACCUCUGUUAGCACUAUGUUCCAGGCGGCACUUCGACUCUCUUUCACCGGACUCCGGGGUGUGCUGGUAUCGCGACCUGCUUCUAUCGCUCCUUUGGGCUCUAGGUUCUACUCGCAUGGCAGACAGGAGACAGAGGAGGAAUUUGAUGCUCGCUGGGUCACCUACUUCAACAAACCGGACAUUGACCACUGGGAGCUGAGGAAAGGACUGAACACUUUGGUUGGCUAUGACCUGGUACCUGAACCAAAGAUUCUGGACUCUGCCCUCAGAGCCUGUCGGAGGCUGGACGACCUGGCGAGUGCCAUUCGUAUCCUUGAGGUUGUUAAGGACAAAUCAGGCCCUCAUAAAGAUAUCUACCCCUACGUGAUUCAAGAGCUGCAGCCUACUCUUCAUGAGCUUGGAAUCUCAACACCUGAGGAGCUUGGUCUGGACAAGCUGUAGACCCUCAGCAUGGGGUUUCACACGUAACUCCCAACUUGAAGCUGGGAGAAGGCUGCUGUCUGGCUUUUGCAUCUUGCACUUCUUUAUGUUUUAUUUAAUUUGGUUUUCUCAUAUUUUCUGUAAAAAUGAUGGACCUAAUAAAUAAUAAAAAUUCUUGAAUGA